CAAACUGCAUAGGGGCGUGGUCUGGGCGUGGCCCGCGGGGGCGCGCAGCUGGCUCUGCAUCGCGGUAAACUCGGCGAGGCCGGGAGUCAGGAAUCGGGAUCCCGGAGGAGCUGACGCCGCCAUGAGCGCUGUGGACCUUGCCCGCGUGGGCGCGUGUGUCGUGAAGCACGCGGUGACCGGGGAGUCCGUGGAGCUGCGCAGCCUGUGGCAGGAGCAGGCGUGCGUGGUGGCCGGGUUGCGGCGCUUCGGCUGCAUGGUGUGUCGCUGGAUCGCGCGCGACCUCAGCGGGCUCCACGGGCUCCUGGACCAGCACGGCGUGCGCCUGGUGGGCGUGGGCCCCGAGGCCCUGGGCCUGCAGGAGUUCCUGGACGGCGGCUACUUCUCUGGAGAGCUCUACCUGGACGAGAGCAAGCAGCUGUACAAGGAGCUGGGCUUUAAGCGGUACAACAGCUUGAGCAUCCUGCCGGCUGCCCUGGGAAAGCCCGUGAGAGACGUGGCCGCCAAGGCCAAGGCUGUUGGCAUCCAGGGAAACCUGUCCGGUGACCUGCUGCAGAGCGGAGGGCUGCUGGUGGUCAGCAAAGGUGGUGAUAAAGUUCUGCUGCACUUCGUCCAGAAGUCCCCGGGUGACUAUGUCCCCCGGGAAAGCAUCCUGCAGGCCCUGGGUAUCUCCGCACAGGUUGAUACCAGCAAGCCACCCCAGUGUGAUGAGGAGGUGUGUGGGAGGUGACAGCCCCAGCCUCUAUGGACCUGGAAGACUUCUGCUGCCUUAGUGUUCCGGGUGCUCAACCAGAAGAACCAUGCCGUGAGGGUGCUGGCUGUGACACGGGGCGUUGUCUGAUUCUUGGGCAGCACUGAGCCAUUAAAACUGCUGUCCCUGGG